AUGAAACUUCCCGCACGCGUUACCAGAGCUAGGUGGCUCUGAGUCCGGAGAAGGCCAGCGGUCCCUCCAGCGUUCCACAGCUGUGGUCUCCUACCUGCCCGACCCACUCACAACUAGAAAGUUGGUAGCCUCGUUGCACCAUGUGUGGCAUCUGGGCCCUCUUUGGCAGUGAUGACUGCCUUUCUGUUCAGUGUCUGAGUGCUAUGAAGAUUGCGCACAGAGGUCCAGAUGCAUUUCGUUUUGAGAAUGUCAAUGGAUAUACCAACUGCUGCUUUGGAUUUCACCGGUUGGCGGUGGUUGACCCACUGUUUGGAAUGCAGCCAAUUCGACUGAAGAAAUACCCUUAUUUGUGGCUCUGUUACAAUGGUGAAAUCUACAACCACAAGGCGCUGCAACAGCGUUUUGAAUUUGAAUACCAGACAAAAGUGGAUGGUGAGAUAAUCCUUCAUCUGUAUGACAAAGGAGGAAUUGAACAGACCAUUUGUCUGUUGGAUGGGGUGUUUGCUUUUAUUUUACUGGACACCGCCAAUAAGAAACUGUUCCUGGGCAGAGAUACCUAUGGAGUCAGACCUUUGUUUAAAGCCAUGACAGAAGAUGGAUUUCUGGCCGUAUGUUCAGAAGCUAAAGGUCUUGUUACCUUGAAACAUUCCACAGCUCCUUUUUUAAAAGUGGAGCCUUUUCUUCCGGGACACUAUGAAGUUUUGGAUUUAAAACCAAAUGGCAAAGUUGCAUCGGUGGAAAUGGUUAAAUAUCAUCACUGCAGGGACGAGCCACUGCAUGUCCUCUAUGACAGUGUGGAGAAACUCUUCCCAGGUUUUGAGAUAGAAACUGUGAAGAACAACCUCCGCAUCCUUUUCGAUAAUGCUGUCAAGAAACGUUUGAUGACAGACAGGCGUAUUGGCUGCCUUUUAUCAGGCGGUUUGGACUCCAGCCUGGUUGCUGCCACCCUGCUGAAGCAGCUAAAAGAGGCCCAAGUGCAAUAUGCUCUCCAGACAUUUGCAAUUGGCAUGGAGGACAGCCCUGAUUUACUGGCUGCUAGAAAGGUGGCAAAUCAUAUUGGAAGUGAACAUCACGAAGUCCUUUUUAACUCUGAGGAAGGCAUUCAGGCCCUGGAUGAAGUCAUAUUUUCUUUGGAAACUUAUGACAUUACAACAAUUCGAGCAUCAGUAGGUAUGUAUUUAAUUUCCAAGUAUAUUCGGAAGAACACAGACAGUGUGGUGAUCUUUUCUGGAGAGGGAUCUGAUGAACUUACACAGGGUUACAUUUAUUUCCACAAGGCUCCUUCUCCUGAAAAGGCUGAGGAGGAGAGUGAGAGGCUACUGAAGGAACUCUAUUUGUUUGAUGUUCUCCGUGCAGACCGGACUACUGCUGCCCAUGGCCUUGAACUGAGAGUCCCAUUUCUGGAUCAUCGUUUUUCUUCCUAUUACUUGUCUCUGCCACCAGAAAUGAGAAUUCCAAAAAAUGGGAUAGAGAAACAUCUCCUGAGAGAGGCAUUUGAGGACUCCAACCUGAUACCUAACGAGAUUCUCUGGCGACCCAAAGAGGCCUUCAGUGAUGGGAUAACCUCAGUUAAGAAUUCCUGGUUUAAGAUUUUACAGGAAUAUGUUGAACAUCAGGUUGAUGAUGCGAUGAUGGCAACUGCAGCCCAAAAAUUCCCUUUCAACACUCCUCAAACUAAAGAAGGCUAUUAUUACCGUCAAAUCUUUGAACGCCACUAUCCAGGCCGAGCUGACUGGCUGACCCAUUACUGGAUGCCCAAGUGGAUCAAUGCCACUGACCCUUCUGCCCGCACUCUGAGCCAUUACAAGUCAGAUGCCAAAGCAUAGGCACUCUCCAAGUUAUGGAGUGAAAGUAAAUGUUUCUUCUAGGGGUGUAGGGGCAUUGGGGAUAGAUAGGGGAGUAGUGAAAAUCAUCCACUCAUGCCUACUUGGGCCUGAAAGAAAUAAAAGUCAUA